UGGUAUUCACUCACAUAUCUUGUAUAAAGGUGUAACAAAAACGCAGGAGGCCAAUUCUCAAUGAAGCUUUCGAAGAGGCGAUGAUGUAAUUGUUGCAAUUCGCGGUUCUUCAUUCUUUCAUUUUGUUUUAAUAGUGGUUCCAUUAGAUUCAAGAAUUAAAGAGAAGUUAGUUCUUGGAUAUUGUUCCUGCUGGUGUAUAUUGGGAUUUAGACAACUUCAAAACGCACAAAUGAGCGAAACAUUUAAAAAUGAGUUCACAUUUUCCAAUGUUGGAUUUUCGCAUUCUGACUCGGAAGCUCUUGUUUUUUCGCAGUGGAAAUGGAACCCCGGGAUCUAUUUGUCUUACCGCAUGCUCACGGCUGGGUACGCGCUGUUUGCAUUCAUCUACACAUUCCUAAAGGUUAAAAACCCUCAGCACAAUCUUAUGACGUACCUCACAAUAUGGUCGUUCCUCAUACUGACUAUUUAUCUCGUGAUGUCGGUGUUUGUGACGUCGUAUCACAUAUAUAUGACGUCACGCGGAAGAAGCCGUUCAGUCUGCAAGAAAUCGGUGUUGCCGAAGGCAGCGUACAGCGUAUUGAAUGGAAUCUCAACCGGGCUCUCCAACACAGGGUUCACUGAUAAGAGCAACGCCGGAGAUGUGGUCAAAGACGUCAACGAAAAAAUCGCACCAACUCCGUACGGCACUAAUAAUCAAAACGACGUCGAAUCAGCGACGUCAUCCCUUAGUGUAAAAUCCGAGGUAACGUGGUACAUGAUUAUGACGUGGAUAUUCGCGGAUAUAGUAUACGUGUUCGCUUUAAUAGUUACGGUUGUGUAUUUCGGAGCGCUGAAUCCAUCGAUAGGUCGUACUAGUUACGGGGACGUAAACGUACACGGCGUCAACAGCGUCCUCGUCUUGAUCGACGCCUUCGUCGUAGCUCGACCCGUUCGUCUUUUACACGCGCUGUAUCCGGCAUUAUACGGAUUAUGCUACGUCGUGUUUAACACCGUCUACUGGACGUUCGACAAGGACAACAACGUGUUGUAUCCAUACGUCCUCGACUGGAAUCACCCUGGGAUCACGUCAGCGUUCAUUGUUGGACUGACAUUGGUCGGAAUACCGUUUUUCCAGCUGAUGCAUUUCGGGAUUUACAAAAUGAGACUUUACAUUUAUAAACGAAUAUAUGGAUCUGAGGUCCCCGGAUGACAGACACAUCAUAAGUUGUUGUUUUUUGCUUUUUUUUCAACGUAAUGCUUUAUUCGUUGGAACUUUAAACGUCUAUAGUGUUGAGGAGCUAUAAAGAAAUAGGCUACUUAUUGAGAAAAUCGACUAGAAACAUGCUUGUAAAGCCUUAAUCUGUGUGAGUACUUUUUGGUAUAACUAUUGUUUGGAUUCGGACAUGUUGCAAUAAAAACAUGUCAAGAAAUGUACAGGCUAUACUAUACGUACAACAACAAAUGGCAUGUCACUUUGAUUGAUCAUUUUUGUAGAUCAUUGAUGGUGUAUGUAUUGAUUAUGAUGUAUCCUGUCACAUGCCUUUAAAUCAGCCUGAUAACCAGGUAACCUAAUAACCCCAAAAAAUAUUAGGCUAGUUGACCACGUGAUCUCGAAUAUCCGUCAGGCGCUCUGUUUAUUGUGAAAUUACUUCAUUUAUUGACGAAAUGACGUCAUUAUUCCAGCGAAACUAUCCAGUUAUACUCUUUUACACUGUAAAUAAACGGUGAAAAAAAAGCAUUAAAUAAAAAGAAAUAAAUGCGACAUGAUAAAUAGAAUAAUAGGUUGGUGACGGCUCACCCGAUAAAUUCCUCCGACUUGCCCGAAUCCACGUCACCAACCUAUUAUUCUCCAUAAAUUGUAUGAGUAGAUAACGCUAAUGCUUUAGGUUACUUUGCAUACUAUUAUAUGAAAGCCACAACGAUGUGUCAAAUAUAUACACGGACAGAAACGUUCA